AUGACUUUGCUUUGGGGUUUCAAAAAGUCUCGUACUAAUGGACGUUCAACGGCCAUAAGUCCCCACUGCGUACGUGUUAAGCGAGCGGAGUGUUUUGUACGAACACGUUUUCAUAAACCAAACAGAGGAUCCCCAGAGCCAAGACAAGUCCAUGGGGUUUUCGCAGAAAAGAAACACCGCAAUCUUUGUCCUUUUACACUUCCAAAUCUAAAUAAAACUUUCCCAUUUUCUUCAAUCUCCAUCUUCAAUGAAUUGUUGAGUUUUGGCAAUUUCCAUGCACGAUAUGCCAAUUGGGUUUCUUCUGCUAUGUCCCAUUCUCAUAUAUUAAAGUGGCAACUUGGCACUAUCUUCUCUGGCUGCUGUAAUGGUGUAAAGCUGGGGGGAAAUAUCCAGCUCACAUGCUCAAAUCUUACUGCCCAACACACUUACUCAGAAGUGACAACAAACAUCUGGCUCACUUCCCAAUGCUUCGAAAUUAAUGUCAACAUGCUCAUGCUUCUCAUUAAAUGAGCCAAUGGGAUGGCACGAAAACCACAAGUAUUCCUAGGCACGAGGGAGGACGUUAACAAUUUGAGCAUAGUUCGACUUAUUUACUUGUUAAAUUUUGAGAUUUCUCCCAAUUUUAAGGAUCAAAUGUUUCCAUGGACGGACCUCGGUCAUGUGAGAUUUGCUUGUUGAGCUAGACCAAUGAAUAUAUUAUUGUGCGAGUACAUAAUUGAUAUUCAAUGAGCUAAUCCAGCAGACGCAUUCAAGUUUGACUCAAACUUUGAUCCAAUUAGCCAAGCCCAAGGUAGGAUCAUAUACUUGACUAUUAAAGAUUAGGUCGACCGAAUUCAAGUCCAUACAUAGCCUCAAGCUUGUUGAACUUGGGGAUUAGACCGAGUUUAUAGGGCUACGCCGGCCCAA